CGGGAGAAAUAAAGAAACAGAAAAGAAAGGGAGAGGGAUAAGAAGCGAGACCGUUACACGAGACAGGAAAGGGAGACCGGGGGAGGCUUUUUUUUUUUUUUCCUUCUCUUGUCGUCUCUUUUUCGACCGAGGCAACCGCAGGUGGAGAUGAAUGUGUCUAGUGCUGCCAUAGGAGGCAUGUUGCUACAGGUGCAGCAAGUGUAUCCGUUCCACGACGGCUGGAACGUGGCCUGUUUUGUCGUCCUUCUGCUCUUCAUCCUGACCGUCCUCUCCCUCGCUACCCUUGCCUUCCUCUACGAGUUGCUUGAUUGCGGCUGUUUCAUGAAAGGGAAAACGGUCAAAGACCUGCGGAGUGAACCUUCUGGAAAACCUGGCGCCGUGCAGUCCGGUUCCGACGCAGAAGUGGUCUAA